AUGAAGGUCCUGUUCUUGAUUGGGCAUAUUCUGUUGGCAAUGGUGUGCUUCUCUACUGCUGAACUGGACUGGAGGAAAUGGCCUUGCGAGAAGCAAAUGGAAAGACCAUCGGAGCUGGAACAACAGCCACCCGGACAGCCCCCUGUCCAAGACGUCUACACCCGAUACACCCGUCAGAUCUACGUACCCAUCUUGUAUGCACCCAAGACUUCCAUCCAGUAUCCAUAUUUCUCUAAGCUAGCCUGGCAGAGACCAUAUGCUGCCUACAUACCACUGCUGUCCAGUCGCUACCCGUGGCCUGUGAUUCCUAGAAGCCCACACCCUUCCUUCGCUUUUAAUCCCCCACAAUAUGCCCGGGUUCCAGCCCCAUCAGGUCCUACCAGCAGCCCCGCAGCUCCCAUGGAGACUACAACCAUUCCCAGCACGAGCACCGUAGCUACGACUGUCACCCCCGACGCCACUUCUAAAUUUGUAACCACCGAGUAUAGCACAACUGCAACAAUCCCAACUUCCCCAAUCCCUGAACAGCAACCAUGA